CCAGGACCAUAUAAAGUCGCACAUCUCGUCGGUAGUGAAAGUGACCUCGGAACAACCCCAAAGAUGACCAAGAAAGCAACCGUUCUCCUCGUCGGUGCUGGCGGAGUAGGAACAAUCGCCGCCCUCAACCUCACCCUGGGCGGCCAAGCAGCCGUCACGACAGUGCUCCGAUCCAACUACACAAAAGUCACCUCCGAGGGCUUCCACAUCAGAUCCAUUGAUCAUGGAGAGAUUAAAGCCUGGCGGCCCCAUGAAGUCCUCAACAAAAUCCCCAGCCACAAGGAGCAGCAAUUCGACUAUAUCGUUGUGGCGACGAAAAAUAUUGCUGAUCACUCGCCCACAACAGCAGAACUCAUCUUCCCCGCCGUAAUCCCGGGGAAGACAAUCAUCGUGCUCAUCCAAAACGGACUGAACAUCGAAAAGCCGUUUUUCAAGCUGUAUCCGCACAAUAUAUGUCUUUCCGGCGUGAGUCUCAUCGGCUCUCACGAAACAUCCCCGGGUCUCAUUGAGCACGACGAUCCCGACAGACUCAUUAUCGGCGCCUUCACCAACCCUAACCUCGAGGUCGCAGAGCAAGAAGCCGCAGCACAGUCAUUUGUGGACAUCUAUUCAGCAUCCGGGAAGACAGUCUGCACGUAUACGAGUAACGUGCCACUGCACCGGUGGCAAAAGCUCGUGUACAACGCGUGCUUGAACACGAUAUGUGCUGUGACAGGGCUGGACACUGGACGAAUUCGGCUCGCGGAAGAUACGGUGGAGACGCUGCUCAGGCCUGCGAUGAAGGAGAUUGUUGCUGCAGCAAAGGCGGCGGGGAUUGAGUUGCCCGAGGGGGUUGUGGAUAAGAUGAUUCACGUUGAUCCGUUGACGAUAUAUCUGCGACCGAGUAUGUUGGAGGAUGUGGAGAGGGGAAACAUGACCGAGUUUGAGAAUAUCCUUGGGGAGCCGUUACGUGAGGGAACGGCGCGGGGGGUGUCGAUGCCAACGGCAACAUUUCUGUAUCAUACACUAAAGGCGAUGCAGUGGCGGGUCAAGGAGCGGAAGGGGCUGGUCACGAUUCCCCCGAAGAGUGUUUGAAGGUACGAAGAGGUUUCGAAAGGGGCGAGCACUAAACAAGAGGGGUAGUUCCCAAUGUUGAAUAGAUGGAGGUUAGAGACUUAUAUGGCCUAAAGGUUGGCGAAGCCGGCUUCAAGCAAAACCGCUCCUUCCUUCCUUCAACGAAGGUAGGAUGAUAGUUGGCAUAUCGAGCAUCCACUGGCAGUGUGCUAGUAACUUGUGGGCACAUUGUCUGUCUAGUUUGUCAAAUGACCAGUUGCUCUGUUUUAGAAUAUAUUCUAAAACCGAAUUUCUAAAAACAUAUCCUCAAAAAAUGCACAAAAAGCAACACAAAUCUACCCGGCCCCGAAGCAAACAGCAAACAACCCGCCCAAGAACACCAACUGAUCACUCCAACCACACCUCAACCGCCGUCCUCAACGCAUCCUUCAACCAAGUCUCCUCAUACCGUAGCUCCGAGUCAAACCCGUGCUCCCCAUCCUGCAGAACCAAGACGAUCUUCUCGCUAACCGGUUGGCCCUUCGUCACCUCGCGCGCUCUUGCCACGAACCUCUCCGACUGCUCCACUGGCACCACACUAUCUUGUCGGCCAUGCGUGAUUGUGAGACCGCCCUUGGGGAACUGGAUUCCUGGUUGCUCAAGUCGCUCCAGAGGAUAUAUCAAACCACGACGGGGAGAAUUCUCUGACCCUCGCGCAUACCAGGGACCCAGCCCCCCAUGCUGGAUACCAGCAAACAUCAGCGUUGUACGAGCAGGUGAAGCAUCGGAUGAGACAGGGUUGUCAAGAGGGUUAGAUGCCAAAUGGUCUGUGAUAAAUGUCUCGGGUGUGUUGAUACCGAAUGGCAGGAUCGUGCGAGUGUUGACGAACUCGGGUGCGUCUAGCGAUACACACGGGUAGGCCGCUGUAACCGCGCGGAUGUCUG